UAUAUAUUUGAUUAGAAGUAUAUUCUAUUUAAGAUACAUAUUGAAUAAAUACAAAUAAUUGUAUAUCUCUAUUUGUCUUAAGAAUUGGUUAGCGACAUAGUUAAUAAUUAAAAUUGAAACCGUGACAUGGUUAAUAAUUAAAAAUCAGUUGUUGCAACUUUCUCCAAGGAACUUUUAUUACAGCAUGUAGUUCCGAAGCAUGUAAUAGCAUCACAAUGUACAAACGAAGUAGGAAAUCCCUGCUUAAAAUUAAGAUUUUGCGAUAAUACGAAGAGAAAAUGUGGAUCAUCCAAUAUUGAUUUAAAUAAAAGUUUCGGUAAAAAGGAAACUGUUAGAGAGAAAAUGCACGAGAAUAGUAACGUUGAAAAGCGGUAUGCGGAGUUUAAUAAAGCUUUCGCGAAAGGAUUUCUCGAACUCUCAUCGAAAUGCAGUGGCGUGUUGCUUCGUAAUUAUCUGAUAACGAAGAGGGAGAAAGUACCUAGUAAUGCAUGUUUACGUAAAAUCGAAAAUUUCUCCCCGUCUGGUAGAUUUUACAUGGAUCGUGCAACUGAUAAAUCUCACGAAUGUUUCUUCACGAGCAAAUGCAAUCCUUUGGUAUUCACCAAUUGGCAGGAAAUAUCUAGGCGGAAAAAUUGCAGAUCCAAAAGUGCAUUUACCACUAAUACCUCCAGUGAGCCGCGACGAACAGCCAAUCGCAUUUGACAUGCAAUCGGAGAAAGCCAGAUUUAAAGGCUGAUCUGAUAAAGUAUAAUCGUAUAUACUUUGUUAAAUGAUUUUUUUUUAUGA